GCGUAGCUUACAUUACAAAGCUACGAAGUGAAAGUAAUGUCUAGGUACUCGCAAGCAUGCAGCCCAGAGCAGACGCUAUAAAGAAGGAUAAAUUCUAAUAAUUACCAGGUCAACAUGAUCAGUUGGUUAAUAUGGAUCAUCGGAGCCUGUCUGCUGGUUUGCCACUGCGAGGACUGCAAGGACAAUUAUAAUGAAUAUUUGAAAGACAUGGAAAAUGAUUUGCCGAAAGACUAUUUGUUCAGGGUGAAGAAAUGGAAUGACAAUGAGGAGAUGUAUGAAAGAAUUAAAGAAUCUCUUCAGCAGUUCAACGAAACAAACUGUGAUAAAUCGAGUUGUGGAGCCAAAUAUCAAGCAAUAUGUUGCCUGAUGUUGUGUGAGGAGAAAUCGAGACUCAUCAGACCAGGCAAAAAUGUUCCAGUCUUCAACAGUCCAAUUUUGAUCAAAGCUUCACGUCCUCCUGUUACGUCGCCCAUUAUUUCCCCGAUUUACUUAGUCUCGAUGAAUGGAAUGAAGCAUCUGAUUCGAAGCAUUUUUAAUGCAAAACAUAAUGACACCAUCGAUUAUUUAGAGAUAUGCCCACAAGGAACCACAACUGAACUAUCAUCAACUCCACCCAAAACCUCCUUGUCCCCUUCAGCAGCAACAACAUCAUCCACAUCAACAACAACAACAUCAUCAACAACAUCAAACAGGAGCAAUCCAGAAACAUCAUCACAGAAAACACUGUCUACUUCCAUACCAGCAGCAACAACUACACCAUUAACAAGGUCAAACACCAGCAACAUAGAAAACACUGUCUACUUCCAUACCAGCAGCAACAACUACACCAUUAACAAGGUCAAACACCAGCAACAUAGCAGCAACAACAACAUCAUCCACAUCAACAACAACCACAUCAUCAACAACAUCAAACAGGAGCAAUCCAGAACUAUCAUCAACUCCACCCAAAACCUCCUUGUCCCCUUCAGCAGCAACAACAUCAUCCACAUCAACAACAACCACAUCAUCAACAACAUCAAACAGGAGCAAUCCAGAAACAUCAUCACAGAAAACACUGUCUACUUCCAUACCAGCAGCAACAACUACACCAUUAACAAGGUCAAACACCAGCAACAUAGCAGCAACAACAACAUCAUCCACAUCAACAACAACCACAUCAUCAACAACAUCAAACAGGAGCAAUCCAGAAACAUCAUCACAGAAAACACUGUCUACUUCCAUACCAGCAGCAACAACUACACCAUUAACAAGGUCAAACACCAGCAACAUAGAACUAUCAUCAACUCCACCCAAAACCUCCUUGUCCCCUUCAGCAGCAACAACAACAUCAUCCACAUCAACAACAACCACAUCAUCAACAACAUCAAACAGGAGCAAUCCAGGUAG